UUGCAUAAAGGGACAGAAUUUGCCUACCUAUGUCCUACAGAUCGCGGAUGCAGUUUCUGACCUGCUUUAAAAUAAAAAAAAUAAUCCCUUCAUAUACACUUCUGCAGGAGAUACACUUUGCAAGUACCCGAACAGUGAAUUAUUCAGACGGCUAUGUUUUUAAGGAAUGGAGGCAUACAUCCAAGUGCUAUGGCUUCCUGUAAAGUCAGAAGAUAUGAGGAUUCAGAUUAUGAAACUGUGAGGAAUAUUUUUAAGGCUGGAGUGAAGGAGCAUGAGCCUGCAGUAUUUGUAUACAUGCUCAAGCGACCCACUUAUUUGUUGGUGCUCGUAUCUGCAUUUUGCAUUCUGCUUCUUAGUUCUAAAUCGCUCCUCCUUCCUAUACUUGGUGUCAUCCUGCUGGUGGUAUUACUGCGGCACUUGGUUACUGGUUUAUUUAACUACUAUACCGCAAAAUGCUUCAAUUCUGACUUCAAGGACAUUUGUCAUUCUUACAUGGAGAGCCCAAAUUCAUGUUUCUGGGUAGCAGAGUCAGACAGAUGUGUUGUUGGUAUAGUUGGCUGCUAUCCAUCCAAAGAAAUGGAAGGGUGUUUAGAGAUGGUACGUAUGGCAGUACUUACUGCUUACAGAGGCAAGGGAAUCGCCAAGGUUCUGUGCAGGACUGUCAUCAAUUUUGCAUGCCAACAUGGCUAUAAGGCUGUAAUUUUAAAUACCAGUGAUGUGCAGGUCCCAGCACAAAAGUUGUAUGAAAAUAUUGGCUUUAAGAAAUACAAAGCGAAAAAUGGAACAUUACCUUUGCUUUCAUGUAUAAACUUUAUGUGGAACUUUACCAUUUACUACUACAAAUAUACUAUUCCAACAGUAAUUGAAAAUGAGGGACAUGCAUAACUUACUAAUCUAUUUUUCCUUGCCUGAUAAAAAAUAAACCAUUGGAGCAACCAUUA